AUGCAGCGACAUCCAGGACUGAUCCGGAUGGAUUCUGCGAGUUAUACCUGCUGCUACGGCAAUGAGGUCUACUCGUUUAAAGUUCGCUGCCCACAAUCUGCACUGAUCUUCUUCCCAGGAGAUAUCCAGGAUGCAGAAGCAAAUAUGGUGCAAUCCAGCCUAGGCAAAGAAUUUAAGGAGUUUAGUUAUGAAGAAACGCUCCAGAUUUUACACUCAAAGUAUCCCCAUUCAAAUAUAUUCAUUGUUCGCCCAUCCAUGAAGUCCGACGAUAUCAGCUUGUAUGAAACUUAUUUAGACUGUGAUGAACACGGAAAUGUAACAUACUUCAAUCCCCACGGAGAGGCGGCUCACAAUUUGUUUAUUUUACUCGAAGACUAUUUGUGUAGCAACUCUUCCAUGAAUUCACCCCCAGGCAGCGAUGUAGUCAAUCUUCCCCUAAUCUUGAUCGGAUUUUCUCGCGGAGCGCUCGUUCUCAACCAGCUCCUAACCGAGCUUGGCACCUCCCUCUACUCCGAUUCGGUCCUCCUUCGCUGUCGCGAAGUUCACUGGCUGGACUGUGGAAAUGGCGGCAACCACCUCUGUUUCCCCGUUCUCUCCGAAUCGGCGCUGGCGUGUCUGCAUCUCUACCGGUUUGUGUCACGGCUUUGCUUCCCAUAA